AUGGAAAAUCAAAAGGUGCAGAAAAAACAGUGUGAUAUGAAAACAGAUCUGAACUUACUGCUUGAAUGCCUUAAAUAUCAGAUGGACUGCCCUGUAUCUCAGAAAGAGGCUUUGAUGACUAUUUAUUCAAUUUGUCAACAGAACAGUGAAGCAAGUGAAUAUUUUCGAGAAAUUGGUGGUUUGAUGUUUAUAAAUGAUCUUGCAAAGUCAAGUGUUCAUUGCAUAGUAAAGGAAGCAGCUCUAUUUACAUUAGGAGUUAUAAUAGAGAGUAAUGUUUAUUGUCAACAAACUUUGUGUACUUCUGCACUGUUCGAAGACCUCAUUUUGUUUUUAAUUAAUAAGGAUUCUGGUGUGAACUUGAAAAGAAUGUCUGUUUAUGUCAUCUUGGUACUGGUUUCAAAUAAUAAAAGUGGGCAAACCUAUGUAAGAGAUACAGGCUGCAUUGGACUUCUGCUGCAGUUAUUCAGAACAACUCUUUCCACAUCUGAGAUGAAUAUGUCAGAUGAAAAUACUAACCAGUGCUACCAGCUGUGGUCUUCAGUCUGCAGUACUCUCUGUGCCUGUGUUAACAAUCCUCAGAAUGAAGAUAAUCAAAACAUUUGCUGUUCAGUUUUUCCGUAUGCCAAAGAGUGGCUUGAAUAUUGCACAGAGCCUGAGAUAGUUCGUCCUAUUUGUUCAUUUGUUGGUCUCACAGUUGCAAAUAACUCGUAUGUGCAGAAAUAUUUUGUUUCUAUUGGAGGAUUGGAUACAUUAGCUAAAGUUCUCGUCAAGCUGAUGCAUGAUUCCUGUGCGAGUCACUCAAGCACAAAACUUGCGGUAGUGGUAACAAAGACUCUGGAUGCCUGCAUUGCUAAUGCCUCUGCCACGGGUGUUAUCUUGACGAAGUAUCACACUGUGUCAGAGCUACUGAAGCUGCUGUCCAAUGACGCUCUGGAUACUGGAGAAAAAACUAGUAUUAUCCUAACAAUUGGACACUGUACUGAAGUUUGUGAAGAAAACCAGUGUGAACUGCUCCAGAACAAUGGUCUUACACUUAUGAUUCAGGUAUUAACUGAGUCUCAGGAUGAGGAAUUAAACAAAGCUGCUACUUUUGUGCUGCAAAACUGCAAACAAAUGACUGAACAGUUGUCUCUGAAAAUAAACAGUAAUUCAUUAAAUGUGAACAAUGCAGAAGAGCCGGAUGUGCAAGUCAGAAGAAGAAGUCUACAAGACUACUGGAAGAAAGCAAAAGAAAUUUUACACAGAAUAAACUUCACUGAAAAAGAACAUGAUGAGGUUGAAGCCAAUAUUGAAGCAUCAAAAUACCAUGAAGUGAAUCCUGCUGAUCCAAAAACUUACAUAGAAAGAACACAUAAAGAAGUACGUUGUCCACAGCUGACCUCUGAGUUGGAUGAUCAGGCUCUUGCUCCACCUGUACGUUCUUCUCGACUGAAAAAUGAAGUAGUGAACACUGUGGAUCCAGUAAAUGCUUCUACUAGACAAAGUGAACAGAGUAAUAUUCCACAUGCAGUUAAUGAGCAGACAGACAGUGUACUUCAGAGUCACAGUAUAAAUGAAAAAACCGCUUGUGUAAAAAAUCAGUCUGUUCUUCAAGUAAGUGAACACUUAUUUAAACAACCAGCAAAGACUGUUAAAAAUAUGAAACAAACAUGCAGACCAG